AUUCCUCAGAGGGAAAGGCUGCCCCAGACAGUGCUGACGUUUUCAGAUAUCCAUUGAGCUGUUGAAAAGUUCGUGCUCAAGCCUGAGGACCUAAGCCGUUCGCCAAAAUGUGUAAGGGACUGGCAGCGCUGCCGCAGUCAUGCCUGGAAAGGGCCAAGGAGAUCAAGAUCAAGUUGGGAAUUCUCCUCCAGAAGCCAGACUCUGCUGUUGACCUUGUCAUUCCAUAUAAUGAGAAGCCGGAGAAGCCAGCCAAGACCCACAAGCCCUCGCUGGACGAGGCUCUGCAGUGGCGUCAUUCCCUGGACAAACUUCUCCACAACAAUUAUGGACUUGCCACCUUCAAAAGCUUCCUGAAGUCUGAAUUCAGUGAGGAAAACCUUGAGUUUUGGGUUGCCUGUGAGGAUUACAAGAAGAUCAAGUCCCCAGUCAAAAUGGCGGAGAAGGCAAAGCAAAUUUAUGAAGAAUUCAUCCAGACUGAGGCUCCUAAAGAGGUGAACAUCGAUCAUUUCACUAAAGACAUCACCAUGAAGAACCUGGUGGAACCUUCCCCGAGAAGUUUUGACCUAGCCCAGAAAAGAGUCCAUGCCCUGAUGGAGAAGGAUUCACUGCCCCGCUUUGUGCGCUCUAAGUUUUAUAGGGAGUUAAUCAAGUAGUAAUCAGAUCAGGCUUCAAAAAAAGUGCCCUGUAGUUGAGUUACAUCCUCUGUAGUAACACAGCAUCCCCCAGUACCUGCUCAUUUUCCCAUAGCAGCUUUGCUCCAAGAUACACAAAAGCGAACCCUAGACUAUGUUGCUAACUAUUUUGCUCAUGUUGACUUGGGUGUGGAUCUGUUGUCUACUGAGGGCCUUUACUUCCAUUUCUUCUUUCUGGCUGCUUUAUAAUGAAGCUCUGUCUACCAAGUUUCUUCCUGCUUGAGUCACAGAAAAAAAAUACUCUUUAACAUAAUGUUGUCUGUGAAAAAGAUAGGUGAUAGAUUGUUCAAGCAAGGGUUCCCUUUCAAGGGGAUUUGACUGGUCUUGUUUAUUGUUUUAAUUCUCAUCCUCUAAUGAUUUCUGAAUUCAGUUAGUAAAAAGCAGGAAGCUGUUCACAAGGC